AAAGAGAUUAUUUUCUCAUCAUUUCUGUCUGAUCUCUCUCUUUUUCGUCUGUUUCAUUUUGCUCACCACCAUCAUCAUCAAGUGAUCAAAUGGAAGCCCUAGUUUGCAGAAAACUCGGUGAUCCAACGAUUCCGAUAUCACAAAAUUCAGCAAUAACAGUCUCAACAGUUCAACCAAUCCCUGAAUUGAAUUCCCCUACCUCCAUUAGAGUAAGAGUGAAAUCUACUAGCUUAAACUACGCUAAUUACCUUCAAAUACUUGGAAAAUAUCAAGAAAAAUUCUCUCUCCCGUUCAUUCCUGGUUCUGAUUUUUCUGGUGUGGUCGAUUCUGUUGGAAAUGAAGUUAGGAAGUUCAAAAUUGGAGAUCGGGUUUGUUCAUUCAUCAGUCUUGGUUCUUUUGCUCAGUUUAUUGUUUGCGAUCAAAAUGAUUUGUUUUUGGUUCCCGAUGGAUGUGAUUUGGUGAGUGCUGGAGCACUUCCUGUUGCGUUUGGGACUUCACAUGUAGGGCUUGUUCAUAGGGCACAAUUGAGUCCUGGUCAGGUGUUGCUUGUACUUGGUGCCGCUGGUGGUGUUGGACUUGCAGCUGUACAGAUUGGGAAGGUCUGUGGUGCAAUUGUUAUUGCAGUUGCUAGGGGAGCUGAAAAGGUGGAGUCUCUCAAGUCGCUUGGUGUUGAGCAUGUUGUUGACUUGACCAAUGGGAGUGUUAUUGAAAGUGUAAAAAAGUUCCUGAAGGUCCGGAAGCUUAAAGGAGUUGAUGUCCUAUACGACCCAGUCGGGGGAAAGCUUACUAAAGAAAGCAUGAAGCUACUCAACUGGGGGGCACACAUCUUGGUCAUAGGAUUUGCAAGUGGAGAAGUCCCCGUUAUUCCUGCAAAUAUUGCACUUGUUAAGAAUUGGACAAUACAUGGACUCUACUGGGGGAGUUACAAAAUGCACCGGCCACAUGUCCUUGAAGAGUCUCUCAAGGAGCUUCUCUCCUGGCUAGCUAGGGGUUUGAUAAGCAUCAAAGUUUCUCAUAUAUACAGCCUAUCAGAGGCAAACCUUGCAUUCUCAGCAAUCAAAGACCGGAAAGUCAUUGGAAAAGUGAUGAUUGCUUUUGAUGAUCAUAAAACUGUCAAGUCGAAGCUCUGAUUUUCUGUUUGCAAGCAAUAUAACUCAAUAAUGUCGUUGUAUCAUCACAUGCCCGUCCUCUUCCAAUUUCUUCUAUGGAGUUGUUAAAGACAUCACUGGUAGUUUCUUUUGGAAGACAUGAAUGAAAUACACAAUAAAGAAUAUCUAAUGAAAGAAGUCAUUGCUUUUACGAUAAAAAGUCUAGUGUGUGUUUUGAACUCAGCUUGGCUGACUCGAGUUUCAUUUUAAUCGGCAGCUGUAUGAAUAUUGCUUUAACUGAGAGUCUAUAGAUGAUGAGUUACCACCUCA